AGGAGAUGGAGUUGUCUUCUCUUGUUUCUCUCGUUGCACCUAUUCUUCUUCUCGUACUCUUUGUUAUUCUCGUUGCCACCUUUGCACUCAGAACCGAACCCAGAUCAAGUAGCGUCAAAGGGCUUCCACCAGGGAACUUUGGAUGGUGGGUCAUAGGUGAAACUCUCGAGUUCAUGUUUGGGAACCCGGAAAAUUUCGUGCUUUCUCGGAUGAGAAAAUAUUCUCCACAUAUUUUCAAAACAAAGAUUAUGGGUGAAGAAACUGCCGUCAUAUGCGGUCCUGAAGGAAACAAGUUCUUGUUCUCCAACGAACAGAAGCUCUUCACCGCUUUCCGUCCUCAAACCACCCAGAAACUAUUCCGAUCUUACCAGUCCGCAGCCACCGCAUCUGUUCAAAUCGCCCGAGAAGAAGAGACGAAAGUAUUUCGUUCGCCGGGAUUCUUGAAACCCGAAGCGCUCGUGAGGUAUUUGGACAAAAUGGACGCCAUAACGCAGCAGCAAAUGAAGAAAUACUGGGAAAACAGAGACCAAGUCGAGGCCUUUACGCUUUCGAAGACGUUAACGUUAACACUGGCGUGUCGUUUCUUCCUUGGCAUCGAUGAACCCGAGCGUAUCUCUCUGCUCGUUAACCACUUCGACGACAUAACCGUGGGGAUGCAUUCGCUGCCUUUGGAUUUCCCGGGGACCGGUUUUUACAAAGCGAACAAGGCGGCGAAGGCGAUCCGGCGGGAGCUUAAAGAAGUUAUAAAGGAGAAGAAAGCUGCCAUGGUGGCGGGAGCCUCCAUGCAAGACGUACUCUGUCAUAUGAUCGUGGCCACCGAUGAGGCCGGGAAAUUCAUGGCGGAGACUGAGAUCGCCGAUAAGAUUAUGGGAUUGCUGGUUGCCGGAUACAGCACCGUGGCUACUGCCAUGACUUUCUUCAUGAAAUAUGUUGGCGAAAGGCCUGAUAUUUAUGCCAAAAUUCUAGCAGAACAAUUAGAAGUGGAAAGUGGGAAAAAGGCAGGGAAGCUCUUGGAAUGGGAUGACAUUCAGAAAAUGAAGUAUUCGUGGAAUGUGAUGUGCGAAGUGAUGAGACUGACGCCUGCGCUUCAAGGAACAUUCAGACUCGCCCUCUCUGAUUUUACUUAUGCUGGUUACACUGUUCCCAAAGGGUGGAAGAUAUAUUGGACAGUGAGCACAACAAACAAGAACCCGGAAUACUUCCCAGAACCGCAGAAAUUCGAUCCAUCCAGAUACGAUGAAGGAAACAAGUUGCCAGCAUUUGCGUUUGUUCCGUUCGGAGGGGGGCCUCGAACGUGUCCAGGCAAAGAAUACGCACGCCUCGCUAUUCUCACAUUCGUGCAUAACGUUGUGAAAAGGUUUGAGUGGGAGUUGGUGAAUCCCAAGGAAAAGAUUGUGUGGCGUAUGAUGCCAACCCCAGCUAAUGCCCUCCCCAUUCGUCUAUCUCCACGUCAUUCAACAACCUCCUAGUCUUUUUUAUCUUCCCCGGCCCCAACACCUGAU